CGAUCUACCCUACGAACUUUCACAGGACGUAUCUUCCAAUAGUCGAUUAUGCACCCACCACCUCCUCCAUCUCCCUCCGCAACUACAUCACUGAGGGGGCCUCUGAGGAUGUUUGGAGGGAACUCUGCACCACCUAUAUAUCGUCUUUCAACGACUCAGAGUCCAGCACGGAGCCGUCAGUCCCUGUCCCACUCCUUCUGCGACCUCUGUUCCGACAUCUCCGCACGACAAGGAAGGAGCAUAUCAACCUCCUGUCGAAUGGGACAGGGAAGUCGUUUGUUGCAGCCAUGUUCUCCGUCCUCGACAUUGAGAUGAAUGUGAGGACAUCGACCACCAACGACCCACGUAGCGACUGGAUGGUGAGAAGGUGUCGGGGGUGGUGGAUGUGGCGGUGGCGAGUGGGGGGGUGUGGUGAGAGAUCAAUAAAUGGGUGUGGUACAGCUGCUGGCCGCCGUGAGUGCGAGGAGGAGCAUACAAGGGAGCUGGCCCUAUGGUUUGAGCGUAAACCACGAGAACAAAACUGUGAUAGAGUGGCAGUACAUGCAAGAAAAGGUUUACCUUGAGGAAUCUCAUAUUUGGAGGCCCCAUCCCGUCAAAGAUAUUAUUAUGUUGGAUGGAACGAAUCCAGCGACGUGCUACAAAGUAUAUUCUGAACGACUAUAAGUCAGAUUACAAUCAUCGCUUACUGUCACUUAGACUUCUCCCUCUCGUUAUGCAACUUGAGCUGUAUGACAUUAUGUGUUGCCUCUAUACCCCAGAUCCUUCUAAUACCUUUCCCCUGCAGUCUUACGUACAUUUCUCAGAAGGCAAUACCCGGUCUUCAACCCACCUGAAGCUGAUGCAUUCCCUCUGUAAAUCAACGUUACACGUCACUUGUAUUUCAACAAACUUCCACGGCUCUGGAACUAUUAACCUUUUUCUUACCAUUCGGAAUCAAGUUCUUGAAGCAUUUUGGUCACAUUUUGAAUCUCAUUUUCUAAGUACAAAUCCAUGCACAUUUCACUAUAAUUAUUUGCCCAUGUUCUGUGUGUGUUUGUUCAUCAAUUACUCUAACACUCUGUUAGUGUUCCAUCAGUACAAGUCACAAAGUCUGUAUGCCUGUCCUUUUUUGUUAUUUUUGUCCCUUUCUUCAUGUAUAUACUGUGAAGCUAAAGGGGAAAAAAAGAAAAAAGUGUGAUACAAUGAAGUGCAGCAAGCUUGUUGUUGCCACAAGCUUCAACAAGAUUGACUUGGGGAUGCCAGGCUUGAUCAGGCUAACUGACUGCUGUAUUGAACAAGCUUGCUCCAAGCCUGU